AAAUGCUCUGCUUCUUUCAAUGAGCCACAAUGGAGACCAAAUAGGAACUCGCACGGACUCAAGCUUUUAAUGUAUUCAUUAUAUGAAGUUAGAUUGUGCUAAUAGCGUCAUCAAUCUGUGUUUCAUAUACUGACACGUAACUGUAUUGAGGAAAAACAAGUUGUGGAAAGAUCCUGCAGUUUGUCUACAAGUGCCUUUGAAUAAGGAAAUCGUCUCAGGCUAACGUUAUGUAGCAAGCUAAUCUCAUUUAUCCAUUUUACUCGUUAUUUUAACUAUAUUUUCACUGGCUGUGAUAAACUCCACUUAAGGCAUGACUGAGUACAAACUUGUGGUGGUCGGGGCAGGAGGUGUGGGGAAAAGCGCUCUCACCAUCCAGCUCAUCCAGAACCACUUCGUAGAUGAAUAUGAUCCGACCAUUGAGGACUCGUACAGAAAGCAGGUGGUGAUCGAUGGAGAGACUUGUCUGCUGGACAUCCUGGACACUGCGGGUCAGGAGGAGUACAGCGCCAUGAGGGACCAGUACAUGAGGACAGGAGAGGGCUUCCUCUGUGUGUUCGCCCUCAACAACAUCAAGUCCUUCGAGGACGUUCACCUCUACAGAGAGCAGAUCAACAGGGUGAAGGACAGCGACAGUGUCCCCAUGGUGCUGGUGGGGAAUAAGAGCGACCUGGGAACCCGCACAGUGGAGUCCCGGCAGGCGCAGGAACUCGCACGAAGCUACGGAGUCCCGUUCGUCGAGACCUCCGCCAAAACCAGACAGGGUGUGGAGGAAGCUUUCUAUUCACUAGUACGUGAAAUUAGAAAGUACAAGGAGACCAACCGCAGCAACAAGAAGAGCAAGAAGAGCACGCAGAGACGUUGCACUAUACUAUAGCAAAACACACACACACACACAGUAGCACAUCCUUUAUCGCACUUGUUUCAUGCUUGCCCUAACACACUGCACCUCCUCUGUCACGUUGGAUGGAGAUGGCAUAUCUCCAGACAGGAAAGCAGACGUGGCAAAAUCCAUUUUCACUGCUGUCUAAGUUUCCAUUUACAGUAUGGCACCACAACGCUGUAAAUUCAGUAUUCUUUUUUUUCUUCAGUUUUGUCAACAAACAUCUAGAAACUGCAGUUUUAGUUGAGUUUAGUUAAGUUUGUCAGACUUAGUUGGAGUCUGGGAUAAAAUGAUUGAUUUGUCUGUAAAGGUAUUUCUCUUUGACUUGUGAUUUUUGUCCAGCCAGUGAUUUUACAGCUCCCGUUGACGACACAGCGGUGCAGAGAGUACUUUGCACAUUCAGUCCAAAUCUCCAAUAUUGUUCUAGGACUCUCUGCGUAGGGUGGUUUUUGAUUACUCGGUACACAUCUGUUUUUAUGGAGUCCUACAUGGAACUAUAUUGACCAGUACAAUGUUUACUGUGAAAGGGGUUAGGGUUAUUUGCUUCUAGAUGAUUGGUCAAUACUUUGGUAAAUGUUUGUUGUCUUCCCCUUCAGGUUUUUAAAAGGUUAGAGCGUCCUCUGGGGCUUCAAACACAUCAGCAGUAUUUUUGUCUCACCAUAUAUCCAAUGAAAAUGCUGUAUCAUGAUAGGAUCACCACAUUAACAAAGCCUCAAAACUGUGUUCCAGUCUCCUAGGUGCACUUUAUUCAUUUCUAUCUAGGUAAAGUUUACUCAGGAAUAUGGUGUUUUUUUUUAUAGGAAUAACAGACUGAAAGCUGUGUCAAAUGCUUGGUUGAGAUGUGUGUCCAUCGUUAGCUUACUGUUUGAAGUGUCAGCCCUGCUGUUUGUUCCACACUGUAUUCCAAAGUACACUUUUAAUGCACAUUGUGUUAUGUCAGUGUUUCUGGUGUUUCAGUUGUACUACAUGCAACAUUUAAACCACACUGGUGAAGAAACGGGUGUUUACCUCGGCUUCUCUUCAGAGCUCACACAGAAACAGUCCUGUUAACUAAUCAUGCUUCAUAAUAAGUGAAAUAAAGGUUGAGGAAUAUCUGGAUAGCACUCUGGUCUGAACACACACGAGACAGGAUGGAUCUUUAACCCUUUAGGUACUGAUUUUGCCUUAAAACAGCACAGCAGUACAGUUCACCCAAUAAUGUGUCAGAAGAGGUGUGUGUUCCCAGUAUUGGGCCUUCAGAUCAUUCAUUUACCAUUAAGGAUAUUAAAUAGGGCAUUUCAGUUAUAGUCGUGUGUGUCCUCUUUGGUAUAACUGUCACCUAAAUCAAAUGGAUAGUUAAACUUCUAUUUUUGAAGCAUUAAAAACACAGCAUUCCCCAAUUAAAAAACAUCUGCAUCAACACACUGCUGUCCACUUAUUCAUUAAGUGUUAUGCGCUAACCUCAGUUAGCAUCCUGCUAGCUGAAGUCAAUUCAUCCAUGAAGGGUCUCUAGCUAUGGUGUUUAACCAGCAGCAUUUACAUCUGUAAUGAACUCUGCUGUAAUUAACAAGUAAAUGUCUUCAGCUUUAA